AUGUCUAACUACUGGACACCUCAACUUUAUGUCAAAUACAAAGAUGGAUCUGGCUUCGCUCCAGUUCCUGUCAUGGGCAACCCAAGCGACACCAACGGCGGCAUGACCGUUUACUAUCUCCAACGUCGUGGAGACAAUCAGACAGAGAAACUGCAUGCAUUUCCACAAGGCUUCCGCAUGGUCGCUGGUGACCCGUUCACCCGCACCUAUGAUGGUAGUCUUGCCGCUCAGGGCAUCUCAUUCAACUGUCUUGGUGCGAACAAACCUGAAACUAACGGUUUUCCUGAUAUUCCAUGUCCAGGCGGACUGCGAGCCCAGGUUUACUUUCCCCAGUGUUGGGAUGGAGUCAACCUCGAUUCUGUGGACCACAAGAGUCAUAUGAGCUACCCAGACGGCAACGUAUACAACGGUGGCAACUGUCCGUCUUCUCAUCCUGUCCACACGGUGUCGAUCUUCUUCGAGCUUCUCUAUGAUACGGCCCUGUUCAGCGAUCAAUGGGUUGAUGGACAGAAUCCAUUUGUCUUCGCCCAAGGAGAUGCAACUGGCUUCGGAUUCCACGGUGACUUCUUCAACGGCUGGGACGUCGACGUACUCCAGGAGGCGAUUGAUACCUGCACGGACGACUCAGGUCGGGUUGAGGAUUGCGCCGCGGUCACUAUGUUCACUGACCAAGAAUGCAAUGACUGCAAGCUACCAACAUCUGUCAGCGAGUCAACGAGUGGAAAGCUUGCCGCACUCCCUGGCUGCAACCCCGUCACCUAUGGUCUAGAGCGCGUCACAUCAGGAACCUGCUCUGGAACUUCACCAACACUUGGUUCCGGCGGCUCUACCAACUACAUCGACCUGACUGCGAUCCAGAAAUGGGAGUAUCUUGGAUGUGGCACGGACAACGUGAGCGAUAGAGCCAUGAAUGGUUCGUGGACGUACAAUGACUACAUGACGGUGGAGAUUUGCGUCGACUACUGCAAUAAUCGUGGCUUCGCCUACGCAGCGCCUGAAAAUGGCAACGAAUGUUUCUGCAACAACAACCUCAAUCCCAAGUACGCACCCAAGGAUGGUAUCAUGGGCUCCUGCUCCAAGCCUUAUGUGGGCAAUGCCAACGAGAUCUGCGGCAAUGCGAAUGCCAUGAACAUCUAUCACAAGUGCUCUGCCACGUCAUGCAAGAACAACGACAUUGGAGGAAUUGCGCCGGCGCAGAGUCAAGCGGUGGUUGCCAGAUCUAUCAGUCCUUCUGCCAUGACUACAGUUGUCAUACCGGCUAUCACUACAGCUAUUUAA